AUGGAUAACAAUCAAAUAAGUAUAAUAGACCAAGCCAAAAGAAUUAUAGUGGACCGUAUAUCAAACCCCUUGUAUAUACCUGACAGUUUGAUUGGAUACGAGACUGAAUUUAAGACAAUAUGUGAAAAAUUAAACGAUGCAAUUAUAAAGAAAAAAAGUGUAUCGUGUUUAGUUAGCGGACCGAGGUCAUGUGGUAAAUCAAUUUUAAUUAGAUAUUGUUUAAGUAAAUAUAAUAAAGAAGAUUAUACAGCAGUAGAAUUUUCAGCAGUAACACAUUUUAAUGACAAUUUGGCAUUCAAAGAAAUUGCAAAAGCGUUAAAUAUAAAAAUUGAACGUGGUGAAUCAAUAUUCGAUACAAUAGAGGAAAUUAAAAAAGCUUUAGGUUUUAUUACAAAUGAUGAUGGUAUCACAAGUGUGGUAAAACGUCAAAAAGUUAUUCCGGUGAUAGUUAUCAUUAAUGAAUUGGACGAAAUUAUAAAGAAUGGAGCAAAACAAAACCUUUUGUAUAGUAUUUUAGAUUUAAGCCAUUAUAAAAGCACCCCAAUUUCAUUUAUUGGUACCUCUGCACAUCACGAAAUUUUAGAUCUAUUUGAAAAAAGAAUUAAAUCUAGAUUCACACAAGAAAUGAUUUUAAUACCAAAACUAUCUUUUAACAAUAUUGUAAAUAUUAUGAUAAGUCUAUUAUCAAUACCCUCAAAGUUUGGUGAUAAAUUUGGUGAAAAAUGGAAUAAAAGUUUAACAACAGCCUUUGUAGAUAAAAACGUUACUACAUUACUUUGCAAAAAUUAUUAUCAUCUAUUUACACGUGUUCCAUACUAUCAUAAUUUAAUUCUCGAUAUUUUAGAUCUGAUCGAUGAAAAUAAUCUAUUUAUAACAAGUGAUAUUAUACUUUCAAUUUUUAAAAAUAAAGUCGAUCCAAUAGCAACAAUGCUAUACACCCUCACUCCUUUGGAAUACACAAUUUUGGGUUGUCUAUCAAAAAUACCAAACUCACAAGACGAAUAUAUAUCAUUUAGCAAUUUAUACGAUGGAGAGUAUAAAAGAUACUCUGAAUCAUACUUUAAGACUGCAGAUCAAGCAAAAAAAACCACAACUAUUCAAAUUAUUCAAAAACUAAUAUCAUUAGGUAUUAUUCAGGCCCAAUCAAAAAAUGAACUGGGGGAAUUUAUUAAAAUUAAAAUUUCAAUUAGUUUAGAUAGUAUUAAAAACUGUGCAUCUAAUAAUAAAUCAUUGCCAUCUGCACUGGUUAAAUAUAUUACAGAAUGGUUACAAUAA